AUGAUAAACGUACAAACAUGCCAGAGCAGCAAUCGAGUGGAUUUCCUACUGAGGGGGAAAUUCGUUAAAGGUAGCAGAAGGAAUUUUCUCCUGGCCGCAAAGGAUUCCUACCUGGAGCUUCUCACCGGGGAUUUCAAAGAAACCAUCUGCGUCCAAAACACCUUCCUUAGGAUCAUCUAUCUGCAGAUCCAGAGAGGAAAACACCAAGACCAAUUCCUCGUGGCAGAUGAAAAAUUGAACUUUCGAAUUUUGAAAUUUGACGGAAGCUUCGUGGAGACAUUUUUCCUUGGGAAUUUCAGAUCAUCAAAACUGAAAAAAUAUGUGGACCAUUCAACCAUAAAAGGAGGAGAGAAAAAAAAUGAGUUCUUCCAGGAGUAUUCCAAGCACAUCCAUGUGUGCAAAUUAAAAAAUAUAUUUUUGGUAUCAAUAGAAAAUGUUGUUUUUUUUGUAAUAGAGAAUAAAUCUAAUUGGAAUCGCAAGAAGUUAAAUGAAGUCUCUCGUAAUUACUACUUUGGACUGAAGUACAUUCCCCAAAAGAGGAACGUUAAUAUUAUGUACGACCCUAUGCAACUGAGAUAUUAUAUUAUUCAUAGGAAUAAAAAUGGAAGGAAAAGAGUUAAGUACAUUUCCUCUUCCUUUGAGAGUGACUGCAAACCGCAUGUCCACGAGAUAUGUAUGAACUGCCCUCAGGAAAGACCGGCCCAGAGCAGCAUCAAAGGAACCGACCUACAGAGCAAACAUACGUCGAGGCAUCUCCCCACUCACAGAGGGCAAGGCAGAAAGCACCCUUUGCCAAACACAAGCAAGUGUCCCAUUAAGGUGAAAAAAAUACGAAUCGAAAAUUGUUCAAAGAAAGAAUUCUCAUGCAUUCUCUUUAAAAAAAACGUUUCCUUUGUAACACUCUUGGAGUGUUCGAGGGAGAGGUACUCAAAUGUGCAGUGUGCUCCAUCCUAUUCUGAACACCGUAGCAUCAGCAGAUUAAAGGCCUCUCUUUAUAACAACCUUUUCGGAGAAGGGUGUGCGUUCGUGAGGAAUGCGAUAAAUGUGGGGGAGUUAUUUAUAAAUCCGCGAGGACAAGGGGGCAUGGGAUUAUCAAGCCAUGUUACUUCUCCAUCGAAAGGUAAUAUGUCUUACGGGGGAUAUAAGGCGAAGGAAACGGAAAUGAAUUGCCCUUUAAGGAGUGGAAACGUUGUUCGCACGGAGCAUACAGUUCAUUACCACGAUGAAGAGCAAUCAUGCAGUGAACAAUUCAUAAGGAGGAAACACUCCACGGAGGAAAAUGCACCAAAGAAGAACUACUAUAAUGAAUUUUCCAACUGCACAAGCUUAAAAAUAUGUUUCAUUGUAAACUUUAUACGAAACAGAAGCAGUCACUCUGAUUUUGUGAGACACCUUUUAUUCCUUUUCGAUAGGGAAGAGAGCGAAAUGAUGAUGCUUAUGAAGAAUUUGUGGAGGACAAGCAUGUUUGAAUCAAAGGAUUGGGAUAUUAUUAACAAGUACGAAAAGAAUUUCCCAGGGGAUGAAUCUACGAUGGUUCACACCAACUAUAUAGUGGACCCAUCUAUUAAACAGAAGCAGAUUUUUAGCCAUAGAAAUAACUCCAAGGGUGGAGAAACCGAAAGGCACACUUUUGGGACAUGUCCACUGUGCCAGUACCAUUUUGAGAAAAUCAAGUUUCUCCAAGGGGAUCCCGUAUUUCAGCAGAUUUUUGAAAAAAACUUUAUUUAUCGACACGGUGUGAUUAAUUCAGAUAAUGCGGUUAAUUCAGAUGGUGUGAUUAAUUCAGAUGGUGUGAUUAAUUCAGAUGGUGUGAUUAAUUCAGAUGGUGUGAUUAAUUCAGAUGGUGUGAUUAAUUCAGAUGGUGUGAUUAAUUCAGAUGGUGUGAUUAAUUCAUAUGAUGCGAGGCUAGUGAUGACACUUCUGCUCGGCCUCUCCACCAGAUUGAAGCUCCUCCUUGUCUACUUUUCCCUUUUCUUCUACUCCACCAGGAAAACGUUGAGUAGCUCCUUCCGCACCGUCCUGUUGAGGAGACAAAACGGGAGGCCUUCAAUUGUGCGCCAGCUAGCCAUGCAUAUUUACCUUUUGAAUCUUUUUCUUGUUCAUAUUUUUAACUAUGCGUGUGGCCACUCGGAGGGGGACUCUUCAGCCCAUCACGCAGCGGAGAAAUCAGCAACGGGGAAAUCAGCAGCGGAGAAAUCAGCAACGGGGAAAUCAGCAACGGGGGAAAUGGAGGGCUCCUCCGCGAGUGAGCAUAUCCAUCGCGAUAAGUGUGAUGUUACUCAUCUGGAGGAAGAACCCAACGGAGUGAACGCAAAUAGCCCAAGUGUGUGCACGCCAAACGGAGAUAGACUAACGAAUGGGGUAUUCCUCCGGAUAUGUAAAAAAUUGAAUCAGCUCAUUAGAGAAUACAUGACUGAUUCCACACAAUGUAGGAGUGCAGGAAUCGAAACGGAUUUAGCAACUUCUCAUAAUCACAGGUUAGAGACAAAUGAGGGACAAACCACAAGUGGAACUGCUAUACAACAUUGCGAAGCCAUAAAAAGUAUCAUAAUGGAUAUACAGAAUCUGCGCCUUAUAUCAAACACCUGUUUGAAGGAAUUGAAUUUUCAUUAUGGAAAUGUGAGGGAUAAAUUAUUGCGCGCGAAGGGGAAGGUAGAAAGGAGGAGGUGGAAAAUGUCAAACCAUACCCAUGGGGAAUGGACCCAUGAACACAGAAUUGGUCAAACGACACACAUCGUACUAAUUACUACAAAUGACAACGGAAGGGCCAACAUAAUAUUUUUUAAAAAUAAGAAAAAAAAAAAGAAUACCACUAUCAAUAAUAUUUUAAUACCCAUUGCCAAAUUAUAUCUCCCUAUGGAAAUAGAGAAAGUGGAGAGCGUAAUGAACAGAUCCUCCUUUGUUCUAUUUGCCAAGAGCGGGAUGGUUUUCUUUUUUCAUUUUUCCACAGAAUAUGGCACGAACCUUACACUGGUGAAUUAUCGUCUCGCUCUCAGCACCGACAUUUCCUAUAUAGACAAGUUGAGAUUCUUAAAAAUUGUUAAAAGGGAUGGCGCAUACGAUGAAAUUGAGGAUCACAUCUUAUGUUCCGACUAUUUUGUUAAAUGUUUCUGCUUGAGGAGCCUCCGUAACUUCCCCCCGCGUUUGUGGUCUAGUGUCCCCGUUGAAGGGUGGCAAAGGGCCAAGCACAUCGGAAAGGAAGGAGAGAAAAGUGAACACUUAGAGAGGGACCUCCUUUUGCAAUCACGUAGCAAAGGGAGUGGACAGAGGGAAGACACUCUUCUCCAAAGGAGAAAUAACUACAUAAAGAGCGCAACCCAAUUUCAUGCACUGCGCAGCGAUCCCUACAUCGACAGCCUAUACACGUAUCCAUUUGUGUACCACUAUGAUUUUAAGCUUUUUCAAAAUGUGUGUGCUAGCGGGUGGGACUCUGGCUCUAUAUAUUCUGGUGCCAGUAAUUGUAUUUGGGCUGAUAUGGACACCCCGAUUACAACUGUUGUGAUGUCCACCGUGGGAAGAAGCUCUACCUAUAGCAAGAGUGGGAAUGUUUCUGCGCGGCUUUUGCCCAAGAAGAGAGAUUCACACCUACAGCUGCAAUCACCCAGAGGUGUAAGCUCGCCGAUUGUACACUCCACAGCUGUCUCGCUUCAAAUCAGCAAGAGCGCCUUCAACGAGAUAUACAGGAGAAGGAAGAACAAUUCCUUCACACACACACAGGGGGAUGAUCCAAACGGGGGCAUCACAACAUGUAGCGCAAGAGCAACCGAAGAGAAGAGAGUCAUCCCCCGGAAAAUGGGGCCCAAACGGAAAAGAAAAUUCCGCUUCUACAUUAAUAACGAAAACUCUGCAGACAAUAUGAGGAAGGUAACAUGGAACGAAGAAACUCCUCCCCUAGAAGAUAAAAAUUCAUUUGAAAAUGCUUCCCAAGGGAAGGACGAAAGAUUAUCAAAUACUAUCAUUGUAUCGUUAGGGAGGGACUAUCCUAGGGUGAGCCAUCCUGUGGAAAUCGCCUUCGUUAAAAGAUAUCUCUCAGUUGAUCUUCGAGAGAAGAAAAUGUAUGUAAUUAUUUUGCUAUUCGACAUGGUAGCAUCCCAGAUGUUCAUAGAAAGGAGAAUUUUGGGGAGAGGCAUUUCAUCUAAAGAAGAACAGGAGAGUAACUACUUUAGAAACCUAAUUGAAUGGACAAAAGGAAUGUAUUGUAUAAGCUCCAUGGGGAGUACCUCCAUGAGAGAUACUCCUGCGUCGCCCUCCAAGGCGAGUAUGACAAUAGAUGAAAGCACAAGCUUUAUCCUCUCUCUAAGUGAGGAACAGGCAGACGAACUGUUCAUGGUAAAGUCUUCCGUUUAUAGGGUUUCACAUCGGCAGCAUGCUAAAUACAAUUUUGAAAAUGUAAGGAAGGAAUACUACACUUAUGAGAGAAUAAAAACGGUAAAGGAUUACAAAUACAAGGAAAAGGCGGUCGUUAGUCACUUGUCCAGAAUACACAGCCAGUUCAGCAUCACGGACGAAUUGAAUAAGAUUGCCAAUCUGUACAAAGGGAUGACACAGGUGAAGGAAGAGUCGGACGAGGACAAUAACGUAUUUAAUGUGAAGAGGUUAAAAAAAAAGUUGUCAGAUGGAUUAAUUAUCUUGGACAGUAAUAGAGACCUGCACAAGUUUACCCUCGGUCAUAAGGUGCUCUUACAGAGACAGGUCAUUGCUCUCCGGACAAAUCACACCAACAUGAACACCUUCAUGAUACAUUUCAACGACCAACUGAGCAUUCUUUGUAUGACAAGCUAUUUGGAGACCUGCUAUCUGUACGUUCGAAGCAGGGGCAACCUCUUCCGGGUUUUCCAAAAUGCGCUCUCUCUGCUGAAAGUAGAAAAAAAAACCUCUUCCGAUGAAGCAAAUAUGUUGGCUAUGUCAGGGGGAGUCCCCACGAAGACCCAUUCUCAAGAGGAAAACUCUCCUACCAAAAGACGGAUCGAACAAAACAAUAUGAAGAAAAAUGUAAUAUUUGAGAUGAUCAAAGAAAAACACGUAGAAUCACUAAAACUUUUGAAAGAAAAACUUAUAUUUGCAAAAUGUAUAGGCCAAAAUGGAAGAAACAACUUUUACGUUCUCUUGGUAAGUACGAGUAGUAUCAUUAUAAAUCACUAUUAUGUUGACACUCUCAGUGGUAGUACCCCUCUACAAUUGGUGCAUACAUCUUGUUGGUGUCUAACCUCCACCCCAGUGGUCCACUACCAUUUCGACAAGGGUAUCCUCGCCUUAUCAUAUGUAACUGGCAUCGUCGAGUUGUUUUACAUAGACGGGGUGAAUAGUGUCUGCUUGUUAAUCAGUCAAGUGGCCUGUGAGGAAAGAAUACACUCCAUUUAUGUAACCCUCAAGACGGACAAAAAAGGGGUAUCCCCCUACAGGACACCUACAUAUAAGUUCAAGUACAUUUUGCUAUGUAUAGGAUUGAAGAGAAGAUGCAGAGUACUCACUUAUUAUACCAGUCAGAGCUGUACACGCCACUUGAGUAGAACAUCACCCUGGUUAUUAAACUUGAUGGACGAUAUGCCCCCCCAGGAAAAGACGAACAAAAAUAUGAACAUAUAUGGGCGCUCUUUAAAGGCAAUAAAUGUCGAGAUGGAAGAACACCGAGGGAAAGACCUCCAAUCGUUUCACCAUCUUCGUACAUUCCAAGGCAUAACGAAAUCGAUGAGCCAUCCGGAGAAAAAUACACAGUUCGUGGCAGAGGUGUAUGAGUACACCAUAGACACCUUAAACGACCAUUGUACUAUCACCGGGAUGAUCAAGCUGAAUAAUUUUUUACUCAUCGGAACAAACGAAGGAGUGGUCAAAGCGUAUGAUAUAUUCCAUUCAAGUAACGCCCCAACGAAUGAUCUCUUUUUGCGUCAUUUCAGGGUUUUUAAAAAUCAAAGGAGAGUAACCAAAAUGUUUGAUGAAUUUUUACUUGGAAAUAACUCCGUUUAUUUUGUGAAUCCAUUGAAGGGAAACCACAGGUGGGUCCAGUCUCCACGGGUUGUUUACCAAAAGAGAUUCCGAGUCGUGGCCUUAUGUCAAAGUGGCAUUUUCAUGUUCGUGUCGGAUAGGGUUAUGCAGGAUCGAACGACAAAAUUGGAAGAAGGGACAAGGAGGUGGAAGAGUGUCUCUGGUAGCAGUAAACAGGACGAUGAUCAAAGUAGCGAUUUACACAGCGGAGAUGCCGUGACCGAUUCCACGUUUGCGUCUGUAUCCGUGAAGCGCACCCUCAGGAGAGGCCACAAUUAUUUGGACGAACUGAAAAGCAGGGUGUAUGGAUACCUUGGCAACCUGCUGAACUUGGAAAAAGACAAAGUGCGCAAUUUCUUGCGGGAUAGGCGCAUAGGCGAAGGGGGCAUGCCGAGUAGGAACAUUUUUGUUCUUCCUCUGCAAAUUUUCAAAAAUGAAGCUGAUCCCAUGUCUGUGGGAGUAAAGCGAUCUGAUGCAUCAAAUCAAUUUAACCAUUUGACGGAAGGGCGCCAAACGGAUAGCCCACCCAUUGACGCUACAUGUGGGGAUUCAAAUGAAUCUUGCGCAGACAGGCAUAAAGAAAUCAUUCAUUCUCGCCCCAUAUGCAGGAAAAAUAGCGAAAGAAUCACCACGAACAUAGAACAUUUUGAUUACGCAACUUUGAACCAAAGGUUAAUAAAACUGAAACAUGAAAUAAAUGCUAAUAGCAUUGUUUUAAUUAAAAACAAAGACUUAACUUUUCCCUACCUAAUAAUUAUCAGCCUAAACGAACAACUGUAUACUGGACUGAUUCAGAAGGAUCAGCUCCUUGUACAGAAGAGGAUAAAUUGUAAAGAGGGAGGUGCAAUAGAUAAAUUUGUAAAGUUUGACAACUCAUCUCCCCCUUGUGAUUACUACAUGCAGAAUUUUGUUCUUUACUCAGAGGUUAGUGGGCAGAGGAAGGAGGAGAGUGUCAGUGCGGAGGAAAGGAGCAACAAACCGUUCGAAGGGGCUGGAAGUAACGAUCGUGUAAAGUUUAGAGGACACCCCUUCUAUGGUGAUGCAAAAAAGAAAGACCACUUCUCCGCUAGGUGCGCCAAAAAAGAUAAACCAAAUAAAGCUAAAGUGUUUACCUCGGAGAAGAGGGAUAACGAAAGAGGAAUAGGUACCCACUGUGGAGGUAAUAACCUGUUCCUAAAAAUGAACAAGAAUAUUAUUAACACCUUUAAUAGUAGCAGUCUGUCAGAUGUUCUCCUGAUCAACCUAAAUCGAAAAUAUAUCCUUACUGAGUUGUUCCUUAUUUGCUCAUGUUCGGAGAAGGGGAAAAUUAUUGAGGCCAUCGAGGGAGGCGGCGACAGGGGGCAGAGCUCAGGACAGAACCCAUUACAACCUUCUUCGGAGCAGAUCCUAGGGCAUGAUUUUUCGGACCAUCUCGCACGACCUCUCCCCCUUGAGUUACCCCCGCGACGCUUCCCGCCGAAGCUUCUCACGAACCGAAUUGACGUUAAGGGAAAUAGGAAUGAUAUUGUCAAUUCCCUCUGCAUAUACACCCAAUUAUAUUUAAGGGAUCAGAACCUCUUUUCUUGGAACAAACAUAUCUUGUGUCUGGUGCGCAACCAGUGCGUAAACUUUCUGAACAGAUUCUACGCCUUCAUGUUUUACAACAGUGUUUUCAAGACGCAUCAGCUGAACCUGUUUUUUCAAGAUAGAUGGAUAGCGAAGAAUAUAACCGUUACCCCGGCAGACAGUAGGGAGCGCGCUCCUCGAAACCUAACCCUUGAGAAUGCCCCCCGAGAUAGGGACAAUUACUAUUUUAAGGACGAAGAGAAGAAGAAGGAGCUGCUCCUUAACUGCAUCAACAACAUCUCAGAUAUAUUAAUGGCUCUGAUUGGAAGGAAAGAGGAGGCCAUUAUUUGCAAUAAAUUGUUUCUCGACCCGAAUAAUAAGGAAGGUAAGGAGGUAGAACCGAGCCGUACCUACAAUGGUGAAAGGGGAGACACCCACGAAGAAGAUGAUCUGCGAGACAUUCGAAGAGCUGACGCGAAGGGAAAUGGAAUCAAGAAAAAAAAGGACAGCGAGGAACACUGCAAUUACACGAAGAAACAGAGAAAAUUGAGAAAUGACGAGACUGUGCAAAUGGACCCCAAGGGCGGUACAGUUGGCCCCCUCGACUGUCUUGACGACGGUAAUGCAAGUGGUAAUCCUCUAGCAGAUUCACUCCCAAAGCAGAUCAACGUAACGAAAGGUGGAACCAAGAAUUUAGAGGGGGUUUUAAAAAACGUCGAAGAGAAGGAAGGGAAGGAAGAGAAGGAAGAGAAACAUGUGAAGUACCUUCGUCUGAUGAAACUAUGGGACAAAUUUAAACUACAGGAAGGUAGCGACGGGCAACCUUCUCAAAGCCGAAACAUGGUAACAGAAAUGUUAUUUGUAAGCUUGUUGAACGAGGUAGAAAAAAUAUAUAAGCUACGCCUGUUGGGGGAUGUGCCCUCCAAGGGGAUCGAGGCAGACAAUGUAGGGGCGAGCACAUCUGUGAAUUCAUCUGAGAACGGAGACGACUGCCAUCUAACCUUCCUCGCCGUUCACCUCAAAGGAAGCAAGUACCAUUUCAGCUCUGUGACUGAGUUUUACAAAAUAGUGAACAAGGAGAAUGCCAAGGGGAAGGACUCCUUCGAAAUGGAUGACCGAGCAGGAGUAGCAAUCCGAGUAGGCAAAGCAGGUGAAGUGACAGGCGUAGCAGGUGAGGGCGCUUCCCCUCGGAGUGCCACCCAUGGAUGUAGGAAGAAGGCACACAAAAAGGAGCACAAACAUGUGAAAAGAAGAGGCAUCCAGAAAAUGGCCCACCAUAACCGACACACAGGACAAAGAAAAGGGAAAUUCCUCGUCCUAUCAUCUAAGAGAACUGCCUCUUAUAUCCUCAGGGAAAACGUAGGGAUGUUUGUGCUAUACCGAGGAUGGCUGAGGAUGGCAUGUAGAUGGGCCAAGCGAUUUGUCCAAAGGAUGAAAAAAAGAAAAGGAAGAAAUGAAACAAAGGAGACAAAAGAAUAUUUCAUAGAGAAAGAGAAGGAAACCUACGAUUGCCUCUUCAUUUUCCCCAAACAAUUAAGGCACCAGUACAAGGAAAUCAUCCUCUGUAGAUUAUGGGACAAGGUUAACAGGAUGCUUAAUUUUAACGAUGGCGACUUUUUUCUUGUCCUGAAGAUACAUAUGAAUUAUGUGUUCCUUGUUAAUUGCCGCAAGAGAGUUUCCUUCUGGAUCAACAUCAAACACGUGUAUAGAAAUGUGCUAGUUAUGCGUCUUGAGGAGGGAUCCGACAACGGGGGGGAAACCAGGAAAGGGGAAUUCAGCGACCAAAUAUCCAACGGCCAAAUAUCCAACCGUCAAAUAUCCAACGACGGGCCAGAUAACGAAACCGUCUUCCACGAAGAGAACAACAAAUCCGCGCUCAAUAAUAAAGUUGCGCUAAUAUUCGAAAAGACGACGCGAGAAGAUAUCCUCUCCUCCUUCAUUAAAAACACGACGACCACCCCCAUCACCUACAUGAGUAGGGGCAUGAAAAAUAUAAAGACCUUCCAGAGGAAGUACCUAAUCUUCACGCAGAAAAAUCACAUCGUGCUACUGAAGAUUAUUUUUUCAAAAAGCAAUGGAAAAUUUUCAAGGAGAAAAAACGGACUGAUGGAGAGAAUCCUGCAGAAUUCUGUCUACGACAAGAAGAUGCUUGUCUAUCGAACGGAGAAUGGUCCAAUAGUGAAUUUUUCCGACGUUUUUAAUGAGAUGCUCUACAAUCAGUACAUAAUGAAGAACAGGUCUAGCGGGAAGAAGGGUCUAAGCGAAGUAGAGUAUAUAGAAAUGUUAUCCAAUAGUAGGGGCAAUCUGCCAGGCGCAACCACCACGACGAACACUGGAGGGAAUAAUCCCGACCGAAGUUCUAACCCUGAUAUAAGCGCGGAAAGCACCCCAUUGGCAGGGAAUCCAAACCGUGGAGAAUACCUAAACAAGCAGAAGUACCAACAGAUGAAGCAGAAGGACGAGGAAUACAUGGACCUAUUUAAAAGUUACAUAUUCGAGCAACAAUUUACCACCGCGGAGAAGGAGUUCUUCUACUCCCUCGAGUACGAAAUCGUGGAACAUCACAGAAACGAAGAAAACUUUGAAAACAUAAACGACAUGGAUGUGUGUGAAAAUAAAAUUCUCAUCGUUACAAAUAGUUAUGUUCGCUUGUACCAAUACGACGAACAGAAAAAUGUUCUGACCCUACAAUGCUCCAAUAUGUUUUACAACAUUAAUAACAUGAUAAUGAACGAAAGGUAUAGGAAGGCAUUAGUCCUGCGAGGCAUUUUCCAAAGUGUAAAUAUCGCGUCGAAGAGAUUCCUUUCCAUUUACUACGUGCUCGGGAAGUGUAUGUACUAUAUUGGUCAUAUAAAAUUAAGAAAUGAAAUAAAAUUUCUUUUGGAAAAUAAAUUAAUACACAAUCUCAUGGGGGUUAAUAUGAAUGUCAAUCAAAGGGAACACAUGAUAGACAGCAUACGAACGUAUGAGAAAUUUUUUUUUAAUUUUUUUCUUGUGGACUCCAAAUGUAAUUUUCUCUCCAUAUAUACUUGUCCCUUAUCGAAAGACAAGCAAAUGCAACAGAAUUACUUUUACGAUAAUAAUCGAGCUGUGCAGAUAUGUCAUGACCUGAUAUUAUUCUUGCAAAUACUUAUCAAUGGGAAGAAGAACAGCUCCACAUCUCUCCAUCCAAGUGAUCCAUUUAUGAGCAAAAUAGAAUAUGCCUACUCGAAGAGGAUGAAAAAAGUAAAGAGGAAUUAUUUUUACAAUAAUUAUAUUAUAAAAUCCAAGUACAGAAUCUUCUUAACAAUUUUCGUCAACAGAUUCUUCAUCUACCUGAAUAAAAAAAUCGUCUUUUUGAAAAACGCCUUUUCACAAAGUUGCAUGGAUGACCUACUAUUUGAAUUAAAGUUACGUGUUUACAACAGAAUUUUAAGACUCAGUUCGUACCAUUUCUCUGACAGGAAAAGUGCCUUCCAGUUGCUGAACGAUAUGUAUGAUAUGCGGGCUAAUAAAAACGCACCCUACUUUUCUCUACAAACGCGUCUGCAGGAUUAUAGGGACAUUAUCAGCAGGGAAUUUAACCACAUGAAGGUGUACCCCUCUGCAGCCCCGCGUGCUGAUCAGCCUGUAGAAGAUUAUUAUCAACCCACCAGUACAAACCACGCGCAAGAGGAACCCUCCCUCGAAAGAAACAUUGCCAGAAAAAUUGAAGAAAUGAAUAAGUAUCGAUUCGAUCCUAUAAUAGACUACAACGGGGUUGUAAAAAACAACAUCAAAGACAACUCCUACUACGAUAUAGAUUUUUAUCACUUCCUCGAUUGCAUUCACAAUAUGGACCAAGGUACCUUCUCCAAAAAGACCAAAAUUACAGAAUAUAGGAAUUAUUUGAAAAGCAGCUUUGCAGACAAUUCGCUUUUUCAGAUGUAUUUUAACUUCCUUACGUACAUAUCCAAUAACCCCAAGAUGUUCCAUCACAUCAAAAAGUAUUUGCAUUUCCAUCCUUACUCCACCAAGUUGUUAAAAAACAGGGUGUAUUAUUUCAACAUGGAUUUGCUCAAUGUUAUUUUUACCUUUGAUAACGAUGCCUUGGGUGAACUUAAAAGCGUCCUCACCUUAUUCCCUACUUGUCCCUCCUUGGAUGAGGUGUUCACGGCAGUUGCUCUGUUGCGCAUGCCCCUUGGUGGGGCAUAA